AUGGCUUCUACCGCUUCCUACCCCAGCUUCCCCUUCUCCCGCCCCAGCGGCACCGAGCCCCCGGCCGAGUAUGCGCGCCUCCGCGCCUCGGAGCCGGUUUCGCGCGUUGAGCUCUUUGAUGGGAGCCAUCCGUGGCUGCUGGUCAAGUACAAGGACAUCGUGUCUGUUGUCACUGACGAGCGAUUCUCCAAGGAGCGCUCCCGGCCCGGCUUCCCUGAGAUGAGUGCAGGUGGCAAGGAGGCGGCGAAGAACAAGCCCACGUUCGUGGACAUGGAUCCGCCUGCCCAUGGCAUCCAGCGUGCCAUGGUCGCCGACACCUUCUCCUUCGAAAACGUGCAGAAGAUGCGCCCGCAGAUCCGCAAAACCGUCAACGACCUGCUAGACGCCAUGCUCGCGAAAUACGACGGCGCGCCCAUCGACCUGGUCGAGAACUUUGCGCUGCCUGUGCCCUCCUACACCAUCUACUCGAUCCUCGGCGUCCCCCUCGCCGACCUCCCCUACCUCACCCAACAAGCCGCCAUCCGCAGCAACGGCAGCGCCACCGCCUCCGAAGCCUCGCUGGCCAACCAAUCGCUGCUGGACUACCUCAGCGGCCUCGUGGCCGCGCGCACCGCCGCGCCCGCGCACGACCUGAUUUCGCAGCUCAUCACGACGCAGCUCGCGCCAGGGCACCUCUUGCCCGCCGACGUGGUGCAGAUCGCCUUCCUACUCCUCGUCGCCGGCAACGCGACCACGGUCAACAUGCUCGCGCUGGGCGUGCUCGAGCUGCUAAACCCCGCGUUCCCGCUCGCAGAAUUCCGCGCCGGCCCCGAGACCGUGGCGCCCAAGUUCGUCGAGGAGCUCUGCCGCUUCCACACCGGCAGCUCGUACGCGCUGCGGCGGGUCGCGCGCGUCGACGUGCGCUGGGGCGACAAGGUCAUCAGGGCCGGCGAGGGCGUCAUCUGCGCGAACCAGAGCGGCAACCGCGACGAGGACGUGUUUGGCAAAGACGCGGACCGCUUCGAUAUGCAUCGCGCGCGGGGCGCCGAGGCGGCCCUCGGGUUCGGGUUUGGUGCCCAUCGCUGCGUGGCCGAGUGGCUGGCGAGGGCGGAGCUGGAGGAGGCCUUCAAGGCGCUGGUGCUGCGGGUGCCGGACUUGAGGGUUGCGAUCCCGCUGGACGAGAUUAGCUGGUCCCCUUCGAGGAAGGAUGUCGGGCUUGAGGCUUUGCCGGUUUAUUUGUCGUAGGGGGGUUUGCUUUGAGAGAAUGUUGUUUGUGGCUGAUUGGCUGAUGGCGUUUUAAAGGCUUUAUUCUCUGCUCGUGCGGUCGCUCUCUUCGCUGUUGUUUUAGUGUUAUGUAUUGAGAUUCUCUACUUUUUGGAAAUCAAGCU